AUGGCUGGAAAUGAUGGUGAAAAUUUUGACAACGGCAAAAAUGUUGAUGAUUCCAAAAAGGUUGAUGAUGGCGUUGGUACCUCAACAGUGGUUAACUACUCCAAAUCGCUCCCUGAUGUAUCCAAAAUUGAAGUUUUUGAAGGACAAAAUUUUCGUCGUUGGGCUGAACGUGUUUUCUCGCUACUAGAUGUCAAAGGUGUAACUUCUGCUCUCACCGCUGCCGAACCUGAUGAAGCCAAAACUGAUCCCAAACUGGUUGAGGGGUGGAAGCAUGCCAAUAAGGUUUGUCGCUACACAAUUCUCAGUACUUUAUCUAAUGAUCUUUUCGAUGUCUACUGUUCGUACAAAGGUGCCAAAGAAAUUUGGGAUAACCUGAAUAUCAAAUACACUGCUGAGGAUGCUACCAAACAAAAGUUUGUUGUUGGAAACUUUCUCCGAUGGCAAAUGGUGGAAGACAAGGAGAUCAAAGCCCAAAUCAAUGAGUAUCACAAACUCCUUGAAGAAUUGAAGGCUGAGAAAAUCGACCUACCAGAUGUGUUUGUUGCUGGUGCCUUGAUGGAAAAAUUGCCGAGCUCUUGGAAUGAUUAUAAGCAGCAGCUGAAGCAUAAGCACACGCAGAUGUCCCUUGCUGAUCUCAUCAAGCACGUAAUCAUUAAAGACACUAGCCGAAAGGAAUGUGAUGCUGCACGGGCAAAGACUUUUGAGUCACGGGCAAAUUUAAUCCAAAAUAAUGCUCACAAAAAGAAGAGGUCUGAAAAUAAACCUGAUCACGUACUUGGUGUUACUAACCCCGGCUUUAAAGCAAAAUGCUUUGUGUGUGGAAAGCCAGGUCAUAAAGCUUAUCAAUGCAGACAUCGAAAAACAAAUAACAUGCCUCUUAAGCCAAAAGCAAAUUUGACCUUAGGAGAUGAUAAGAAAGAUGAUGAUGAUGAUGAUAUUAUUGCUGCAAUUCAGGAGCCACAAGACACAUCUGUGCAAAUAGAGUUGCCCUUUACCUCCUACUCAUCUGUGGGGGAUGAUGAAGAUCAAGUCUAUCUUGGUGACUCUAAAACUGCUGCAGUUAAAGGCAAAGGCAAAGUCAUUCUGAAACUCACUUCCGGAAAGACCUUGGUCUUAAGUGAUGUGUUGCAUGUGCCAACUAUCAGGACCAAUCUGAUGUCGGUAGCACUGCUGAAUAAAGUAGGGGUUAAAGUGUCAUUUGAAUCUGAUAAGAUAGUAAUGACAAAGAAUAAUGUGUUUGUUGGGAAGGGGUACUGUGAUCAGGGACUCUUUGUUCUUAGUAUUUCGGACUAG